CCGAGUCAUGCGACUACGGUAAUAUCGAAAAAAAUUUAUAUUGCGGUAUGACGGUAUUUACAAUACCGUUACAUCCCUACUAACAACCGUUAUGUGAAAUAAUGUUAUUAAAGUCUAACAGAGGUAAUGUGUCCAGAAAUGGUCCCCAAAUAUAAUCAAAGUCAGUAGGCUUUUGUUGACAGAAUACAAUAUUUUCUCAGGAGUACUAUAAGAUACGAGCUCAUUGAUCCAGUGUUUUUUCUCAAGGGGGUUCUCAGAUUUCCUUUUUUAAAGUAUGCAAUUUUUAGCUGCAGUGAUUGCAAGCAAAAUAAAAUAGCUGCUGUGGUAGGUCAACGGAAGUGAACUGAUAUCACCUAAUAUAGAAAUUUUAGGAUCUUGGUUCAGGUCUGUUUGAUUAGGGCUGGAGCUAAACUCUCCAGGACAGAGUUUAGACACCCCUGCUGCAGGUGCUCCCGUUUCUCCCACAGUCCAAACACCUGCGCUAUAGGUGAAUUGGGUAAAUACAAUUGGUCGUAGUGUACUACUGUGUGUGAAUGCAAGAGUGUAUGGGUGUUUUCCAGUACUCGGUUGCAGCUGGAAGGGCAUCUGCUGCAUAAAACAUGUCGGAAUAGUUGACGGUUCAUUCCGCUGUGGUGAAAAAUUCUGAUAUGGAAACUCCUACAAAUGCAGAGUCAAUAAGGGCAGGUGUAAAUAAAAAUGGCUACGCAUUUUAGCGCUACUUGUGCACUGGAAAUGUUAAGUCAAUUCUUACAGUGUUUUUACAACUAUUAAAUUAGUUAAUCUGUCCCCGAGUGUUUAACAUAGUUAAUAAAGCUGUGUUUGUAUCACACACUGUGGUUGUGUUUAUAACUGGCGUCUCUAAUAAUCAUGCCCAGAUUACUGUACUGUUGUACUGUAAGAAGGUUGUUAAACUGAUAAUUGAUCAACUGAUUCCUGCAUCUACACACUGAAUGUUAUUUAAAAGAGGAGUUUAGGUAAACAUACUAUCAUAUAUUCUGAAAAUAUAAUAGGCAACAAUUAAUUAACCACAUUAUUUAAUAGUGCAAACACUGUGGUAUACUUAUAAUGACUUAAAUCAAUAAAUAUUACCACUAAAAUUAACGAGUUCAAGAAAAGACCAUGCGUUUGUUAUCAAUUUGUAUCCGUAAUGCCUUUUGCACGAAGUAAAAUCUGAUUCGUAAUACUGUAAACCAUUAGUUGAAGAAACAUUUCAGCAAACAUUGUUGAGAAAUAUUAAUCUUUAACAAUAAAUAAUUUAAUAAUAUAUUUAUUUAUUUCUCCAAAUUUAAGUUUUGAUUAAUCUGAAAAUAUGUAAUUGGAUUUGUAUAAAUUAUUUCAAUUUCGCCAAUAUUUAUUCAUUGUCUUCUUGUUUGCCUGUGUGGAAUUCUAUCCGAAUUAAAAUGAUGAUGGAGACUUUUAUUUUGGUGUGGUAGUAUGACGUCACAAGGCUGCGCCGCUCUCAUGUGUUUGGGAUUCAACAGCAGAAAAACUCCUGUUGAAGCGACUGAUCUGAACACGGCUAUAAAGAUGGCAUUUAUUAAAGAGGAGAGUGAAGAUGUGAAGAUUGAAGAAACAUUCACAGUCAAACAUGAAGAUCCAGAGGAACAAUCAGGGCUGAAGGAAGAAUCUCAAGAGCUGGAUGAAAUCAAAGAGAAAGAUCAAUGUGAGAAACAGCAUGAGUUAAAGAUGGAAGAAAAAUCCACACAAAACCUUGCAGUCCACAUGAAUUCCCACAAUGGAGAGAAGCCGUACAGCUGCCAACAGUGUGGGAAGUCUUUCAGUUUUAAAAAAAGCCUUAAAGUCCACAUGAAUGUCCACACUGGAGAGAAGCCUCACGCCUGCCUACAAUGUGGCAAUAGUUUUAGUCAAAAGCGAAGUCUUGAUAUCCACAUGACAAUUCACACUGGAGAGAAACCGUUCACCUGCCAACAGUGUGGAAAAGGUUUUGCUCAAAAACAAAAACUUGCUGUUCACAUGAGAGUUCACACUGGGGAGAAACCUUUCAUAUGUUUACAGUGUGGAAUGAGCUUCAGUCAAAAACGAAGUCUUGACACCCACAUGAGAAUCCACACCGGAGAAAAGCCUUUCACCUGCCAACAGUGCGGAAAGAGUUUCAGUCGAAAAGGAACUCUUGAUAUCCACAUGAGCAUCCACACUGGAGAGAAACCAUUCGUCUGUGAACACUGUGGAAAGAGUUUCAUUAAACCAGAAGGCCUUAAAGCCCACAUGAGCGUUCACACUGGAGAGAAACCCUACCCAUGCUUACAGUGCGAAAAGAGUUUCACUCAAAAACGAAGCCUUGAUACCCACAUGAAUGUCCACACUGGAAGGAAGCCAUACACCUGCCAACAUUGUGGAAAGAGUUUCACGCAAAAACGAAGUCUUAAUUUCCACAUGAAAAGGGUUUUAAAUAAACACUAACCAUUUUUACAGUUGUAUAGAAAGAGUUUUGGAGGUCCCAAUGAGCACAGUGAAGUCCAAUAACCAAUAAUUAAAAGUUUGGGACCACUUUGUUAAGGGGGAUGCCUGGCCAAACUGAGCAAUUGUGGAAGAAGGGUCUUAGUCAGGGAGGAGAGCGAUAACCUGAUGGCCAGUGUUUCUCUGAUGAGAGAGGAAAAUCUUCCAGAAGGUCAACCAAUCUUUGCAGCUCUGAACCAAUCAAUCAAGCAUCCUCUUCCGCUUCCAUCAAUAGAUAAAACUUUGGGACCACUUUGUUGAGAGAGAUAUCUGGCCAAACUGAGCAAUUUUGGAAGAAGAGUCGUAAUCAGGGAGGAGAACGAUAACCUGAUGGCCAGUGUUUCUCUGAUGACAGAGGAAAAUCUUCCAGAAGGUCAACCAAUCUUUGCAGCUCUGAACCAAUCAAUCAAGCAUCCUCUUCAGCUUCCAUCAAUAGAUAAAAGUUUGGGACCACCUUGUUGAGAGAGAUACCUGGCCAAACUGAGCAAUUUUGGAAGAAGGGUCUUAGUCAGGGAGGAGACCAAUAACCUGAUGGCCAGUGUUUCUCUGAUGACAGAGGAAAAUCUUCCAGAAGGUCAACCAAUCUUUGCAGCUCUGAACCAAUCAAUCAAGCAUCCUCUUCAGCUUCCAUCAAUAGAUAAAAGUUUGGGACCACCUUGUUGAGAGAGAUACCUGGCCAAACUGAGCAAUUUUGGAAGAAGGGUCUUAGUCAGGGAGGAGAACGAUAACCUGAUGGCCAGUGUUUCUCUGAUGACAGAGGAAAAUCUUCCAGAAGGUCAACCAAUCUUUGCAGCUCUGAACCAAUCAAUCAAGCAUCCUCUUCAGCUUCCAUCAAUAGAUAAAAGUUUGGGACCACCUUGUUGAGAGAGAUACCUGGCCAAACUGAGCAAUUUUGGAAGAAGGGUCUUAGUCAGGGAGGAGACCAAUAACCUGAUGGCCAGUGUUUCUCUGAUGACAGAGGAAAAUCUUCCAGAAGGUCAACCAAUCUUUGCAGCUCUGAACCAAUCAAUCAAGCAUCCUCUUCAGCUUCCAUCAAUAGAUAAAAGUUUGGGACCACCUUGUUGAGAGAGAUACCUGGCCAAACUGAGCAAUUUUGUUAGAAGGGUCUUAGUCAGGGAGGAGAAGAGUAACCUGAUUGACAGUGUUUAUCUGAUGACAGAGGAAAUUUUUCCAGAAGGUCAACCAUCUUUGCAGCUCCAAACUUACCAAGCCUGGUAGAGUGACUAGUUAGAGCCACUCUUCAGCUUCCAUCAAUGGAGAAAAGUUUGAGACCACUUUGUUGAGAGAGAUGCCUGGCCAAACUGAGCAAUUGUGGAAGAAAGGCCUUAGUCAGGGAGGAAACCAAGAACCUGAUGGUCACUCUAAAAGAGCUCCAGUGUUUCUCUGAGGACAAAGGAGAACCUUCCAGAAGGUCAACCAUAUUUGCAGCUCUAAACCAAUCGAGCCUGUAUGGUAGAGUGACUAGUUAGAGCCACUCUUCAGCUUCCAUCAAUAAAGAGCAUUGGAUUGGGAUGUGGCAGGAACUAAAAGGCAUGGAUUGAGGGAAAAAUGAAUGCAGCAGAAAAUAGAAAACAAUCCUUGAUGAAAACCUCCUCCAGAUUACUCUGCAUCUCAGACUGGGGUGAUGGAACAUCGACCCUAAGCAUACAACGAAAAACAAACAAAGGAGUGGCUACAGGACAACUUUGUAAAGUGGCCCAGCCAGAGUCAAGAUCUGAACCCUAUUGAACAUCUCUGGAGAGAUCUGAAAACGACUGAGCACCGAUGCUUCCCAAUCCAACCUGAUACUGCAAAGCUUGUAUUAUCAUAUACUCAAAUAUACUAAACGCCAAUAGCUAAGUGGGGUGUGCAUUGACAAAGCGCAACUGUGGUUGUCCCAAAUUGUAAACCCUUCCUGAUCUCCCCACCCCUUGGUACCUGUAUGUCCAAAACCAAAAGAUUCAGUGAAAGUCUUUACAUUUUGGCGCUUUUCCUUCGUGACCAUCAACGAGCAACAGCCGUAAACAAAAUAGCAGCGUGAAGACGCAAGCGUACCGGAGUUCAGAAGGUAAAACAACAGUUUGAACAAAGACUAACCGAGAAGAUAGCAGGGGGGGGCAAUCGAAUUUGGGUACGGUCCAGGCAUUUGAACCAAGUGUAAACGCACCCUAAAGGGGAUCACAAACCAGAAGCGCCACUCGGCGACGCGUCGCGCCAUUCAUUUCAGAAUUCUAAACACUGUUUUCUAUGAGGGUACACACACCGGCGCCGCAAGUCAGCGGCGCCCAGCCACGACUCAGGACACUGUUCAUAUUUCUGCCGCACCACAGAGCGCCAUCUAAUUAGCUUCAUUAUAAAUAGCAUGGGAAUUUGCGCGUCUGGUGUGCAAUACUUUCAACUGUCAUGUGCUCACCGUGUUGCGGCACAGAGUGGCGCAUCCGGUGUGUGACGCCCUUAAGAGACUGCUUACUUUUCUAUGUGUGGAAAUAUCUGCGAGUUUAUAGCUAUCUUAUACAAAAUGUUGCAUGACGAACACUGUUCAUAAUACUUGAUUUUCAUUCACGUCUACAGAUUUCAAAUGUCACCAGCUUUCAUUCACACAUACAGAUGGCUCUCCUGCUACAAGGGUUAUAACACAUUGACUGACUUUAUAGAUUAUAAUUAGUGCUGUCAAUCGAUUAAAAAAAAUUAAGUAAUUAAUCGCACCUUUUUAAAAAAAAUUAUCGUGAU